UGUAAUAAUUGGAAAUCCAAAAUGUGCACGCAACAAGAGGACCCAAUUAUAAGCUAUAACGGCCGAGGGUCAAGUAACGUGACUUAAUUAUUUAUUAUUCUUUUUGGUAAAGGUGACUUUUAACAAUUUAGAAAGACCAUAGUUGGAAUCUUUGGUUCAAAACUUUUUCCACAGACCAAUAGAUGCAUAAACCUUCAACGUAGAUUAUCAUUAAGCACCCAGCUUUUCAGUUUCUCUCUGCAGAUUCCAUUCACAGAAUUCUUUAAAACUAUGGGGAAUGGAGAAUCCACUUUUGAUUAUCCUCAUGAUGAUGUUUCGCAACAACAUACUUCUUGUGCAGGAAGUUCAAUGGAUCAUCAAUUUCGUCACAGGCAGCAAACUGCAUAUAUAGCUGACAAUUUCAACUCUCUAGAUCAGGUUAUUUCUGCACUAAGAGAUGCUGGUCUUGAAUCAUCAAAUUUGAUCCUAGGCAUUGACUUCACAAAGAGUAAUGAGUGGACAGGCAGGCACUCAUUUCACCGGAAAAGCCUUCAUGCAAUUGGCAACAAUCUAAACCCAUAUGAACAAGCAAUCUCUAUCAUUGGCCGUACUUUGUCUCCCUUUGAUGAAGAUAAUUUGAUACCUUGUUUUGGGUUUGGAGAUGCAUCAACACAUGAUAGAUAUGUAUUCAGUUUUUAUCCUGAUCAACGACCGUGCAAUGGUUUUGAAGAAGCCCUUACCCGAUAUAGAGAGAUUGUUCCAUAUCUAAAGCUGUCAGGGCCAACUUCAUUUGCUCCCAUCAUCGAUGCAGCGAUUGAAAUUGUGGAGAAUAGUAAUGGACAAUAUCAUGUUCUUGUUAUCAUUGCAGAUGGGCAGGUUACGAGGAGUCCUGAUAUUCCACCUGGGAGUUACAGUCCACAAGAGCAAGCAACUGUUAACUCCAUUGUUGCUGCUAGCCAAUACCCUCUAUCAAUAAUUUUGGUUGGAGUUGGAGAUGGACCAUGGGAUGCUAUGAAACAAUUUGAUGAUAAUAUUCCCCAGCGUGCAUUUGAUAAUUUCCAGUUUGUCAACUUUACUAAAAUCAUGUCAGAGAAUACAGAUACAUCAAAGAAAGAAACAGCCUUUGCACUUGCUGCCCUAAUGGAAAUUCCUUUCCAGUACAGAGCCACUCAAAGGCUUCAUCAUGUCAUAGAAUCAGGAGGUGGUCCACAUAUAAGACCCCACCCUCGUACAAGGCCACUUCCACCUCCACGUGAAGUGAUUGAUCAUGAUAAUGCAGUUAAAUCGAUCCCAAUCAUGAAGAAUUUUGGAGCAGUUGAAUCGACUACUCCAGUGGAACCAGUGUGUCCCAUUUGCUUGACAAAUCCAAAAGACAUGGCCUUUGGAUGCGGUCACAUGACUUGCAAGGAUUGUGGUGCAACCAUUUCCACUUGCCCUUUGUGCCGAGAGCCUAUAACGACACGCCUGAGACUAUUUACUUGAUGUGAAGGUUGCUUCCAGGAUGUUGUUAAUGGAGUAAUAAAGUCAAGCAGUGAUCUCAUGGCAAUAUGGCAUUAGUUCAUAAAUCCCUGCCAGGUUACAAGCUUUAAUUCAUGUGAAGUAUAAAGUUUUUAUUUGUGAAAUGGUUUCAGAACAUAAAUGUACAGAAGUUGUAUGCUAGUGAUGAAUUUUGUUUAAUAACAUUUCCCAAUAAAUUCAUUUUGGUGUA